ACUUCUAAGUCAAACUUUUGCUGACGUUGUCUCUUUAUGUUUCAUUUCCCUUGCUGUCGCCUACCUUCUAAAGGCUCACUGAUGUCAUGAGAACGGCUUCAUAACUUCCUUCCAGGCCACUGAAACUGUAAGUUGUAUUUCUUUUAAUUGUCACUAGAUUUGACAUAUUUAUAACAUUAUUCAACUCAUCAUCUCAAAUUGAUCCUAAAUUAUGAUUGUGUUUAUGGACGUAUCUAUAGUUAAUAUUCUUUUUACAUUAAACAUUUGUCCCACACCAAAUUAAAUCACGUCCAUCUACUUAUAAUGAAAAUGUCAACGUGUUUUGUUGUAAUGUUUGACAAUUGUUUCUCAAUUUACAGCUUAAACUAGCCAUGGCUUCCUUUGAAGACUUUGAAAACCUCAACUUCACCUAUUUACCCGACUAUAAUUACACAGACAUCUCCGACAAUUUGACGCCGGCGAUUCAACCGAUCCAGAUCGCGGCUCUGGUCUUCUACGGCAUCGGGUUCCUGCUGGGUGUGCCCGGUAACGCUGUGGUGGUGUGGGUGACGGGGUUCUGCAUGCCCCGCUCUGUCACCUCCCUCUGGUUCCUCAACCUCGCGCUGGUCGACUUCCUGUGCUGCCUCUCCCUCCCGCUGCUCAUGGUCCCUCUGGCCCAUGACGACCACUGGCACUUUGGGCCUCUGGCCUGCACGUUAGUCAAAAGCCUGUUCCACCUGCUGAUGUUCUGCAGCAUCCUGCAGCUGGUUCUGAUCAGUGUGGAUCGAUGGAUGCUGGUCAGCCGACCCGUCUGGUGUCAGAACCACAGGCGGCCCAAGCGGGCUGCCUGCGGGUGUGUUGCCGUCUGGUGCUUGGCCCUGGUGGGCAGCAUCCCCCAGUUUGUCUACAUCAAGGAGAUCAACGCCGGUGAAGACAAGCGAGAGUGCGUGACGGUGUACACUUACCUCAGCGCCUGGCUCGUCACGUCCUACCGCUUCCUGGUGGGAUUCAUCAUCCCUCUCGUGGUGAUCGUGGUCUGUCACUCGGUGGUCUAUAUGAGAGCAACGGGCGGGAUGUCAAAAGGUCGCACCCGCUCCAAGCGCACGCUGAAGGUCAUCGUCGCGGUGGUGCUGAGCUUCUUCCUGUGUUGGCUCCCACUGCACGUUGUGGACUUCCUCACAUUGACGAUCCCUCGGAGUUCCCCCCACAGACCCAAAGUGUACCUGGCACAUGUUUUAACGCUGUGCCUGGCCUAUUUCAACAGUUGCCUCAACCCGCUGCUCUAUGUGUGUCUGGGCCGGGGCUUCAAGAAAAGCAUGAACCGCUCCCUGCGCAGCGUGCUGCACUUCAUCAGCGAGGACCCGACGACCAAGGUGAGCAUCGCGAAUACCGACACCCAGAGCUCGAGCAAUGCGAAGGAGACCACUAACAUCUGAGGCUGUGUUGACCACCGCGGUGCUGAACGUGGUCUUCAGAACACCAUAACGUGGCAUCACUGAGAAUGAACCUUUUCAAACAAAGUCCAUCUCAAGAAAAAGUGCAUCUAACUCCAUCUCAAGAACACACUUCAACGUUUGAACUCGUGAGCAGCCCAACCCUGUGGUUUUACAAGCUGUUAUAGGAAAGAGUUUUGCUGAUGCAGUUGAAUGGAAGGCAAAGAUGUUAUCAGGACUGCCUCACGAAGGCAAAUCAGGAACUAUUUAGCUAUAUUUCCUGUGAACACUCAUGUCUUACACAACAAUAACGACGUAUCAUUUACGCUCCUCCGAAAGGAUGAUCUCAAGCCGUGUUUGAAGGCAUUUCUGUUAUAAAUGAUCUUUUUUUGUUGCUUUUUGUUUGUCAUAAUUCAAGGUUGUUGUUUUAAAUCAUUAUUAAACUGUUCUUGUCAUACUUCAUUUUAAGACAAGGUAUGUCCUCUUGCAUAACAGGAGCCUACCAUGCAUAGACCACAAGAGGGAGCUACACUCUAAAUCUCUGAUGCUCAACGACCAAGGUGGAUGGAGGUGGAUGGAGGUGCAUGUAGAACAGAGUGUGUGAAACCCUCAAGACAAAUAGGACAAUUUAGUAAUGUUUGCGGUUUUGUCAAAUAAAUUAAAAUACUCCACUUAUACAGAAGUAUAUGAAAUGUAAAUGUAUUAUCUUCUUUCUUUCUUUUUUUACCACUUUCCUAUACUGCAUAUGCAUGUUAAUUUAUGAUGUUUUAAAGGGGUCUUGUUGUGCCAGAGCAAUUGAAGAAUAAACAAAACUACCAAAGCUAA